CCAUCCAUAUUUAAUUCCGUAUUUGUAACCCAACUACUAGUUUUAGAGUCCGGUCCCUGCUCAUAACUGGAGAUCAGGCCAUAGGAGACCAGCUCAGCAGCUGCUUCUGAACGCCCAUGUCCGCGAUGCUGCUGUUGGUGGUGUCCAUGAUCGCAGCGUUAGCUCUCGCGGCACCGGCCCCCAGAACACAGAAGAAAAGGCUGCAAGCGCCCAACGUUGUGCUGGUCGCCAGUGACUCCUUCGAUGGAAGACUAACGUUUCAACCAGGAAGUCAGGUAGUAAAACUUCCCUUCAUUAACUUCAUGAGAGCACGAGGCACCACCUUCCUGAAUGCCUACACUAAUUCUCCCAUCUGCUGUCCAUCACGUGCAGCAAUGUGGAGUGGCCUCUUCACUCACUUAACUGAAUCUUGGAAUAAUUUUAAGGGUCUGGAUCCCAAUUAUACAACAUGGAUGGACGUCAUGGCGAAGCAUGGCUAUCAGACUCAGAAGUUUGGAAAAGUGGACUACACUUCAGGGCAUCAUUCCCUUAGUAACCGUGUGGAAGCAUGGACAAGAGAAGUUGCAUUCUUGCUCAGACAAGAAGGCAGGCCCAGCGUUAAUCUUAUCCCUGAUAAGAACCGGAGGAGAGUAAUGGCCAAGGACUGGCAGAAUACAGACAAAGCAACCGAUUGGCUAAGACAGGUUAACCACACCAAACCAUUUGUCCUUUACUUGGGAUUGAAUUUGCCACACCCUUACCCUUCGCCAUCUUCAGGAGAAAACUUUGGCGCUUCUACAUUUCAAACGUCUCUUUACUGGCUUGAAAAGGUAGAUUAUGAUGCAAUCAAAAUCCCAAAGUGGCUGCCUUUGCCACAAAUGCACCCUGUGGAUUAUUAUUCCUCCUAUACAAAAAACUGCACUGGGAAGUUUUCUGAAAAUGAAAUUAAGAACAUUAGAGCAUUUUAUUACGCUAUGUGUGCUGAGACAGAUGCCAUGCUAGGUGAAAUUAUUUUGACUCUUCACAAGAAAGGUCUUCUUCGGAAAACUAUUGUUAUAUAUACUUCAGACCAUGGAGAGAUGGCUAUGGAACACCGCCAAUUUUAUAAAAUGAGUAUGUAUGAAGCUAGUACUCAUGUUCCUUUUCUGAUGAUGGGACCAGGAAUUAAGGCCAACCUACAAGUACCAGGAGUUGUUUCUCUUGUGGAUAUUUAUCCUACUAUGCUUGACAUUGCUGGGAUCACUCUGCCUCCAAACCUGAGUGGAUACUCCUUGUUGGCACUGGCAUCAAACACAUCUGCAGAUGAACAGGCAUUCAAAGACCUCCAUCCACCUUGGAUUCUGAGUGAAUUCCACGGAUGCAAUGCCAAUGCUUCCACCUACAUGCUACGAACUGGCCAGUGGAAGUACAUCGCCUUCUCUGAUGGCGCCUCCGUGCAGCCUCAGCUGUUUGAUCUUUCCUUGGAUCCAGAUGAGCUAACAAACAUUGCUACAGAAUAUCCAGAAAUUACUUAUUCUUUGGACCAGAAGCUUCGCUCUAUUAUAAACUACCCUAAAGUGUCUGCCUCUGUCCAUCGAUACAAUAAAGAGCAGUUUAUCAUGUGGAAACAAAGCGUAGGACAAAAUUUCUCAAAUGUUAUAGCGCACCUUAGAUGGCAUCAAGAUUGGCAAAAAGAUCCAAGGAAGUAUGAAAAUGCAAUCCAGCAUUGGCUCGCAUCCCAGUCCAGGCCGGCGGCUCGCAGCCCACACCCCUCUUCUCCACUCCACUAGUGGCUCGCAGCCCACACCAGUUCUCCAGCGGCUCGCAGCCCACAUCAGUUCACCAGCGGCUCGCAGCCCACUCCGCUCCACCAGCGGCUCGCAGCCCACACCAGUUCUCCAGUGGCUCGCAGCCCACACCAGUUCUCCAGCGGCUCGCAGCCCACUCCGCUCCACCAGCGGCUCGCAGCCCACUCCGCUCCACCAGCGGCUCGAAGCCCACUCUGCUCCACUCUACCAGCGGCAUGCAACCCUCUCCACUCCGCUCCACCAGCCGCUCGCAGCCCACACCAGUUCUCCAGCGGCUCGCAGCCCACACCAGUUCUCCAGCGGCUCGCAGCCCACUCUUCUCCAGUAGCAGUAGACAGUAAUAAAACUUUCUCAAGCUAUAUAUGAUGAAUAUGUUGGUAUGUAUUAAACUGAAACAGACAAUUGCUAAUUUUACUUGCUUUCAAAAUAUCUUCUAUAUCUUAAGUGCCAAUGAACACAGAACUCCUAUUUUUAACACCAUACUAAGACCUUACUGUUGCAGAGCUCUGACACUUUAACAUCAGGAGUAUUUAAAGAAUACAAGCAAGCAUUCUUGUUGUUUUCCCGGAUAAUACAGAAUAUGACAUAUUUUAACAACCACCAGUUGUUAUUUAUGAAUCAUGAUGUCUCAUGACUUACUAGGUUUUUGGUGAAACUCUUUGGAUAUAUUUGAUGUGUUAGAGCUAUUUAAUGGGACAUAGACCCUAGAUGUAGUUGAUUUUAUUUUGUUGUUGUUGUUUAAAAAAAGAAAAAAAAAGAA